AUGGCCCAGUCCCUGUGCCCGCCGCUCUCCGAGUCCUGGCUCCUCUCCCCGGGUUGGGGCCCGGCCCGGGCUCCGCCGCCCUCCGACAGGGACUGCGGCUGCUCCCCCGCCUCGUCCCCGGACUCCUGGGGCAGCGUCCCGGCCGGCAGCCCCGAGCCGAGCCCCGGGCGGCCCGGCGCCACGCCGCCCCCCCGAGCCCGGAGCGCUGGCAGGCGCGGCGGCCGAGGCAGCCGCCUGGGCUCCGGGCAGCGGCAGAGCGCCAGCGAGCGCGAGAAGCUGCGCAUGCGUACGCUCGCCCGCGCCCUGCACGAGCUGCGCCGCUUUCUGCCGCCGUCCGUGGCGCCCGCCGGCCAGAGCCUCACCAAGAUCGAGACGCUGCGCCUGGCCAUCCGCUACAUCGGCCACCUGUCGGCCGUGCUGGGCCUCAGCGAGGAGAGCCUGCAGCGGCGGCGACGGCGGCGCAGCGGCGCGGCGGCGGCGGCGCCUCGGGGCUGCCCGCUCUGCCCCGACGGCGGCCCCGCGCAGGCGCAGACGCAGACUCAGGUGCAGGUGCAGGCGCGCGCCCCGGGCCUGGGCUCCGCCGCCGGCGCCGCCGCGUCGUGGGGGUCCCCGCCGGCCUGUCCCGGAGCACUAGCGGCGCCCGAGCCUCGAGAACCGCCGGUGUUUUACGACGAGGCAGCGUGUCCGGAAUCGCUGGCAGUGGAGCUGAGCCCCUCGUCUCCGCUCUUUCCCGGCGACGUGCUGGCCCUGCUGGAGACCUGGAUGCCCCUUUCGCCCCCGGAGUGGCCGCCGGCCUGA